UACAACCUGUGAGUAUAAACAACUUCAUCUUAUGUAAAACACGCUACAUGUCAAGUUUCUUUUUUUAAAGAGCAACGGUUGAUUUACAGAUAUAAAAAGUGGUGAUAGCCAAGGACGUAUAAUAAAAACGCAACAGUCAGAUAAUUACAUAAGGGCAUUGGCGUCGGAACAAGGAAGGCAGGCGGACACCUCGAGCCCUUUCCUUCCCUUCUUCAGCAGCCCUUUCUCUUUUACGUCACCUACGAGCCUUUCCCUUCUCCUUCCUCUCCCCGAACCCCUUCCCUCCCCUCCCUCUCUCCGACCCCUUCCCUCCCCUCCCUCUCUCCGACCCCUUCCCUCCCCUCCCUCUCUCCGACCCCUUCCCUCCCCUUCCCAUCUCUUCCGGCGCGAGAACCCUCAUUCGGCGACCACCCAAAGCCCUUCGCCAUGACGCCCACCCGGAACCGCGUGCACCCGACGGCGCCAGCAGACCACGAGCCUCUGCUGGACACCUGCGAGGACGAGAUCGAGAGCCGCAGCGUGGAGGUGUCCAACGAGAGUCUCAAGUUGAGGAAGGAGCUAGGACUAAUCGACGGCGUGGGCAUCAUCGUGGGUAUCAUCAUCGGCUCCGGGAUCUUCGUGUCUCCGCAGGGCGUGAUAAGGUUCAGCGGGAGUGUGGGCAUGUCCCUGGUGGUGUGGGGCGUCUCGGGGGUGCUGUCCAUGGUGGGCGCCCUGUGCUACGCCGAGUUAGGCACAAUGAUCCCCAAGAGCGGCGGUGACUACGCCUACAUCCACGAGGCCUUCGGUUCCCUCCCCGCCUUCCUGUUCAUGUGGAUGGCGCUGCUGAUCAUCCUGCCGACGUCCAACACCGUCAUGGCCCUUACCUUCGCCAAGUACAUCAUCAAACCGGCCUUCCUCAUGUGCGACGGAAUCCCCGACGUCCCCGUCAGGUUGAUUGCAGCCGUGAUCGUGUGCUUCCUCACCUGGGUAAACUGCACGAACGUCAAAUGGGCAACGAAAGUACAAGGAGUCUUCACCGCGGCGAAAAUCAUGGCCCUUUUGAUCAUCAUCGUCGCGGGAAUCUACCAGCUCUGCAAUGGCCACGUCGAGAACUACCAGGAUGCCUUCGAAGAUACCAAUUGGAGUAUUACUUCCGUCUGCACCGCCUUCUACCAGGGGCUCUUCUCCUUCGCCGGAUGGAACUGUCUCAACUUUGUCGUCGAGGAAUUAAAAGAUCCAUUUAAAACCCUCCCCCGGGCCAUCCUCAUCUCCAUGCCCAUCGUCACCCUCAUCUACUUCCUCACCAACAUGGCCUACUUCGUUGUUCUCGAGCCCGAUGAGGUGCUGGCGUCCGAGGCUGUUGCUCUGUCCUUUGCCGGUCGAGCCCUUGGAGUGCUGAACUGGGUCAUGCCCAUCUUCGUCGCUCUCUCCACCUUCGGGAGUCUCAACGGCUGCAUCUUCGCUUGCUCCCGCCUCUUCUUCGUGGGCGCUCGGGAGGGACACCUUCCUCAGGCUCUGGCGCUCAUCAACGUGCACACCAUCACACCCGUCCCAGCCCUCGUGUUCUUGGGCUUUAUGACAUUGUGUAUGCUCGUGACUUCCGACACGUUGGUGCUGAUCAAUUAUGUGUCCUUCACCGAGUCUCUGUUCGUCUUCCUGUCCAUCGCAGCCCUACUUUGGAUGCGCUACAAGGACCCGCAUCGCCACAGGCCAAUAAAGAUCUGGAUUGGGAUUCCCAUCGUGUUCUUCUUCAUCUGUCUGUUCCUCGUCGUCUUCCCUAUAGUGGAGCGCCCAGUCGAGCUGGGUAUUGCUAGUGGCAUCUUCUUUGCUGGCGUACCGGUCUACUAUCUGUGCGUUCAUAAGGCGAGCAAGUCCAAGAAAUUCUGUGCAUUUAUGGGAAAAUUUACGUCCGUUAUCCAGCUGCUGUACCAUGGACUGCCCGAGGAAGAUGAUUGAAAAUUUAGUUACGAUUCUACUGACAAAUGGUGACCUGUAACGUCACGAAUAGAACUGUAACUGGUCUAGUUCGAUUUAUAAUUUUACUCAAGUACAUGUAAUUACCAUAAUGGUAUAUACCGAGAUGCAUAUAGUACAUCUGUUUCGUGAAUUUAAUGACUCUCAUUUUUUUUUUCCGCGUGUAUGUUAUGGUUGGAUUGGCAGUUGCUGCUCGAGUAAGAUAAAGAUCUGAGUAGAGUAAUUAUAAGAUUGUAAUAAUUGUAGCAGUGUUAGUGAAAUUUCUUUCUCAUCCAGUUUUUGAAUUAUUAUUAGAAGUAGUAGUAGAAGCAGUUUCUGAUUUUUUUUUUUUUAAAUAGCAAUCGAAGUAGUAGUAGUAGUAAGAGGAGUAUUAGUAGUACCUGUAGUAGGAAUAGUAAUGGUAGUAGCAGUAUUGAUUGUAGUAGUCGUAGUGGUAUUAAGUUAGCUUUGGAAUGAACAUUUGCCUUCAUUUCUAACUGAUUGUUUCUUGUUACAUUUGUCUUUGAAAAAUCUCUAUAUUUUUACGUUUCCCUUUUAAACCAUUAAUAAAUAUUACGUAUUGUUUCAACAUUCCAGUGUAAGCGUCCAUCACUAUAUGGCUCAUAAGACUUACUGUGUUUAAGUGUAUAAACUUCACGUAUGCUAGACAGUUAUCGUUUUAGAUAACUUCUCACCACACGAGCAUCUUGUGUACUGUGAUCAUGUAAAACGAUUCUGUGUUAGAUAUUGCUGCAAGUAUAGUUGUAUAAGAUUAGUUUUAAGUCAAAGUUAUUGUCUGUAUACUCGGAGGAACAUCAUCAAGUGCGCAGUUCCGGCAGGAGCAUUUCAUUUGUUCUGGGGUUGAUAAUAUAGUUAGUAGCUGAUAUGACCGUAGGCGUAACUAACAAGCUUUUUGCCUAACAGUUUUAAUUUUAAUGCCCUACCCGGCGAACAUUGGAAAACCGGUAAAGUUAACAAACGCAAGAUUUUCGGUUCGUCCCCGCAAGAAUCAACGAGUAAAUAAUCAAAUACAUAACAUAUGAAAAAAUAAAUUCCAGAGUCAAUGCAUUUAUUCCUCCCCAAACCAGUAAAUGAAAUUCAUAUAACCAUAGGGCCGGCCAGAAUAUGAAACCGCUAUAUAUCAGCUAAGCUCAUUUUAUAUAUAUGUAUGCCAUUACAGAUUUUAUAUAUGUAUGGACUAGUGACUUUUACCAUUGUACGUGCAGGACAGCUGUAAACAAUCAAGUGCAUGACCCCCCCCCCCCACACACACACAUACAUUCAGAUAUACA